ACGGGAACGAGAGACUCUUGUUGUUAUUGCUAAACUCGAAAAGAGCGGUACAAAUGUUAAUUCUUAGUUCUACGCAACGUCGCGUCGGGUAAACAAAACGGAAAGAAAAUGCUGAUAAAAAAGAAUAAUAAUAAACAAUUGGUGCAAAAGUUGAACGGAAAUUGAUAAGUGCGCGCUGGGCCAAGAGUGAUUUGAGUAUUCGACCAUUAAUUGUGAAAGUGGCCACUAAUGUACACGUACAGAACCCACAACGUAGACUCUCGGUGGACAGGUCGAGCCGGUGCCCGGCGAACAAUGUAACAGCGAGACCAACGAGCGUGGAGAGACAGAGAGGAGCGGGAGUCUGCAUGUCCCAAGGAAGCAGCAUGUCAAACUAGCAUCAUAAGAAGACAAAGGAGCGGCCCAUAACACAGGACACAGAAAGUUAGGAACCCAGAGAAAAUUGGCUCAAACAGAUCGGGAAGACAUGGCUCACUAUAGUGGACAUCAGCAGGCAGCGGCAGGGGCAGUGCCCGCAUCCUUUAAAGAUCUCUUCACCAAAGGCCAGCUGGGUUCCGCGGAGGAGGAUGGCAACAACAAUCCAAACGACGGCAAUAAUGAGCAGGAGAACCGCCUGAACAAUGCCAACAACAAUGCACAGGAAGGAGCUGAAUGCUGGGUCUUUGGAUACGGCUCCCUCUGCUGGCAUCCGGGCUUCACCUUCAGCAAGUGCAUCACGGGCUAUGUCCGGGGAUUCGUGCGUCGCUUCUGGCAGGGAAAUACCACACAUCGCGGCACAGAAGAAAAGCCUGGGCGUGUAGCGACCCUAAUGAAGGACAACGAGGGUAUUACAUGGGGCUGCGCUUACAGGGUAACAGGCAACAAGGCCCUCGAGUAUCUCAAGCAGCGCGAAUGCACGUUAGGUGGCUAUGCAACCCUCGAGGCAAAGUUCUUCCCCCGCGUCGCCUCCCAAGACACACCCUUCAGUGGCGAGGCCGUCGAGGUGCUGGUGUAUGUGGCCACGCCGGAGAACCAUCAUUGGCUGGGCGAGGCACCGCUGCCUCAGAUUGCCCACCAAAUCGCCACCUGUCGUGGUCCGAGCGGCCACAAUGCCGAGUACCUGCUGCGCCUGGCGAUGUUCAUGCACGAGGAGAUACCCGGCGUGCGAGAUGAGCACUUGUUCGAGCUGGAGCGCCUGGUGCUCGAUGAGCUGUACCGCCAAGAAAUAACUCUGUCUUCUGUGAUGGGCCGCAAUCCGGAUAGGAUACGUCGCGACUCCCACGAGGAUAUUCGCCGCCAGCCCUCGUUCGAGUUCACGUCUCGCGUGCCUGAGACGAAACUCCGCUGCCUCAACAUUUGAUUGUGGGCACAGUGGCGGGUGGUGUCCCCGUCCGACAGGCAGCAAGUGAUAUGCACGCGGUGGCCAUUAUUUCUGUAGAAGAAGAUGCCAAACUGACUAUCGACAUUUAGCACCCUAGGAAACCAGAGUCUACCACUAAAUUCGCUGUAUUCUUACAAUUUUAAAUAACCCAUACGGAUAAGCACUAACUAGCCUUAAGCAACAUCUCCUCGAUAAGUGAUCUGAUCUAGCAAAUAAGCGUAGGCUUAGUCUAGUCAAUAAGUUGUGUCCUCAACGCACAAGAGCCAACAACAUUUUUACACGCGACACUUUCAGGGAGAUAAAAGAAUGAAACAAUAGUCCGAAAGUUAAUAAACCAAAACGAAACAAUGA